AGCUGAAUGACAGCAAUAACAAGAGCAAAAAAAUAACCCCUCUCGAUCCCGAAUAAUCGCGAAAGCUCGGGCUGCGAACGGUGCCAACCCCGAGAGAGCGACCCCAGACUUUACGGGGGGUGCCAUUGACGAGCAAAAGCUUGAAUUUUCCUCCAGAAACGGCUACCGACGAAGGGCCAGCAGCUGCAGCGGGACAAGGGAAGGAAAAAGGCCCGCCGCGUGCGCCCAUUCUCAGCACCAGCGACAGUAGCGUCCCGGACCGGGGGGCUGAAGUGUAAGGAAGUGGCCCGGAGUGAACUGAUCGGAAGAUCGUAGGAAGGAAGGGCAAACAGACAGGCAGACGCACAUACACGUACACGCACACACGUACACGCUGGGAGAGUGGUAAGGAAAAAUUGGGCGAAAAGCCGACCGGGCCCAAGUGAUCUGUACACAGGAGGGUCUUUGUGUGGGGGAGGGAGGGGGGGGGGGUUGCCACCCUUCCGUCGCCACAUAGUCAUCACGGGGAUCGGGAGUAACAACACCAGACGUUGUGUUUUUCUUUCUGAACGCGUAGCAGUGGCAAACCAUUCACUUCACGUGUGUGUGUGUGUGUGGGUAAGUGUGACUGUGGUUGGGUGUGUGUGCGGCAACAAUGAACUAGUGGAAUCGGGCAAAAGAAGCGAGAGAGAGAGAAGCAAAAAGUGCCGCAACGUCAAAACCACCUGCUUUUCCCCAAAACCCCCUAACCCUAUCCACCCAACCCUCGCCCUCGCGGUUUGGGUGGCCGCUGGACUGGGUCGUCGGCUGCCAACGCAGUGCUGUGUCUGUGUGCGUGGAGCUGAAUGGAGCUCCCAAACGACAAACCGAGUCAAGGAUUUUCCAGCGUUCAGCGUUUUCCGCCACGAGCAAACCAUCCCAAAAACCAGCUGUCUCUACGAUUCGGAGGCGUUCCUGCAGCCUUUUUUCGUCUUUGGUGUGAGGCCAAACGAUCACCGUGAGGGACGGAAAAAGAAACGGCGAAGCCUAGACGCAGCAUUGGCUGAUGUGGAAAAGCGGAAAUUUGCCACCAACGUGAUAAAAAACGAAACGGCCUAAAAAAGAAAAAGCCCAACAUCAUCUAUUUCACAGUAACGCACACAUACUCGCCAAAGAAGAAACACAACAAAAAAGAGCACACAUCAGAAAGAAAAACAGUUUCAGCAGUGUGUGUGUGUGAGGGGGCUGAAAAGGCCCCAAAGAUAAUUGGACAUGGCCAACAGUGCGAACCACUGGACCGUGUAGUGCACAGCAGUUUGUGAUUGUGUGAUAGUGUGUGUUGUGUGUGUUGGUAGUGGUUGUUUUUGUUAGUGCAACAGCAGCAUAGGCAGCGAGCGGUACGCGGGGAACAAUCAAGGUGACAAAAAUUCGCAAUCAAACACUCGCAGCCCCUGGGCGGCGAGUUAACCAAACUCGGUCCCACUCCAAUCAUCCAGCGGGGCUGGCAGGCGUGCGCAGGGCGGUGCUACCUUAACGAUGCGGUCCGCCGGAGUCCGACGUCUCGCUAGUUGCCGGGUGAACCGUCCGCAACAUGCCCGUACCGGCCACUAGGGGCCCCGCGUCGGUACCACCAUGUCCGAUAACGAGCACGAAGGGGCGGCCGCGCCCCUGGAGCCAGCGCUCGACUCCGUCCCCUACGCGACGGUUCCGCUCGUACCGCCGGUCGAUUCUUCCAUCGCGACUAUCGUGCUGUCGGGCCGCCUGGAAGGCACUCUGGACGCGACAGCGGUGGUCGGGACGCCGCCGCCGACGACGGUGGCGGCCGAGUCGCUGGGAGCGUUUGUGCAGCCCCUGCCCGCCUCGACGCCGCACCGGUUGCAGCUGUUCCGCUAUCCGAACGCGUUCGCACGGCCGCCGCACCAGCAGCCCCACCACCAGCAUCAUCAUCCUCAGCACCAUCACCACCACCUGCCCGCCACAAUCAACAAGCACGAGCCGAAACGGGCCUGCACAUCGCUGCCGCUUUACCUCAGCAAGGUGAGUGUACUGGACGUAUUCGAGGUGCUGGAAGACGACCGCUCGCGGAGUGACCUGUGCUCACUUGUUCCGCGACCUGGUAUGGAGUAUGUGCCAUUGAGGACUCCAGCUGCCGAGACGUACCACUAUCAUCACGUCACCGAUCAAACAAAGUCACUACAGGAUUUGCAGAAUGAAGUCGCCGCUCUACUGGAGUUCCGUGAUCUGGUUAUUGAAACCUUUCCCGAUCUUAAAUCGAAGAUGGCUUCCUCAGCGGCGAACAGUACCCUUACCGGUCUACCAUCGACCUCAUCCCUGGGGAGUCGACGUGAGUGGGAGCCGGGAAUACGGAUCCGGCGCAAACUAACGCCGAAGGAGGUGAGCUGCACGGAUGUCGGUGGCACGGGCGGCAGCAGCAGUAGUAUAGGCGGGAGCGGUACCAACACCAGUACCGCGAUCAUUCCGGGCACUGUGGGCGAUGGGGGCGGUCCGUCGGCGGGCAGCGCUAGUGCUACCGGCCCGGCUACGGCCACCACCGGAGCCGGCGCAACGAACGUGUCCGACCUGGGCCAUCAUCAUCACCACCACCAGCAUCAACAGCAGCAGCAGCAGCAGCAACAGCAGCAGCAACAGCAGCAGCAGCAACAUUCGUCGUCCUCGCUGAUUCGCAGCCGAAGCAACUCCCAUAGCGGUAAGAAGGAACCAAAGAGCGGUGAAGGCAACAACGGCAGUGUGAUACAGGAUUCGGGCUUCUCGAACGAGACGUCCUCCUCGAAGGAGACGCACAGUGCGGCCUCCUCGACGAGCGGUGCCGUGCAGGGAACGCUCAUCCUGCCCACGGCAACCAACCGGCUGGCGGCGGAAACUGGCGGCGAGCUGUGGAAUCUGCUCGAUGUGAUACAUAGGAAGAGCAGCCGGCUCCGGGAGGAGGUCGAGCUGCGCCUGGAGCGGGAGCGACCUAGGGGAACAACCAAUUUAGCUAUUAGUAAUCAUCAUGCAACGGCGCUGCAUCACCACCGCCACCAUCAUCAACUUCAUCACCAUCUGGCGCAGGGGGGUAGCGUCGCUGGCGCCGCCGCCGCCGCCGCCACUGCUGUGGUGGGUGGUCCGGAUGACAACAACAUCAUCAUACACCACAGCAAUCCGGCCGCUGGUGCGUCGAGUGGGACGACGCUGGUGCCGGUAACGUCGUCCAGCAGCAGCAGUAGCAGCAGCAGCAGUGUCACCGCGACGACGGUGGUGGUAUCGCCCGGUGGUGCACCGGCCACCACCACCACCACCAGCACCGUCACUGGCAAAAGCUACCACCAUCAGCACCAGCCGGACGGUACCGAUCACGAUGUACAAAUACUGCGCAAGGAGCGCGACCGUCUGCUGGACAAGCUGUCCGAGUACGAGGCGGAAAAGCUGGCCGGCUGCAUCCAGAUGGCCAAGAUGCAGGCCGAGCUGGACAAGCUGACGGUGGCGCGCGACCCGCACCACCAGCAACUGGCGGUGGUGGCCAACAGUCAGAAGCAAGAGCUGAGCAGCAAACUACAUGAUCUCCAUCUGCAAACUGUAAAUAGAAGUGCGUCUAGUUCACCCGAGACUAUUAAACAGCCGGCGACCGUAUCGCAACAGCAGCAAACGUCACCGCAGCUACUUAAGACGAUGGCGCGGUACCGCAAGCCGUCGGACGAGCCGGCGGACCCGCUGACGGGCGGUGACCCGGUGCUGCCGGGCGACGACCACCACCUCGGCACGGAGGUGGACACGCGUGCGGUCGGCUGGCUGGACGGGUUUCUCGGGCUGCCGUGGGUGCCGCGGGUUCGCUCGCUCGACUCGAAGAAGAUCGCCGCCAUCCUGCUCGAGACGAAUGUGGUCGGGCUGCAGCGGCAUCUGCUGACGAUGACCGUACAGAAUCAGAUAUUACAGCAACGGUUGGAUCAGGCGACCCGGUCGCGCAUUGCCCUAAAGGAGCGGCUCGAAAAGUCGAAGGAAGACGUAGACGAUCUACGGUUUCAGCUGAAGGAGAAAUCGAUCGAACUCGAAGGUACCAAGGCGCAGCUGCGUGUGAUCGAGUCGAAGUCGACGAGCAAAUCGGUGCCGUCGUCGACGGUCGGCAGCCCGGAGCGGACCGCCGCCUCCGUGUCGUCGUCCUCGCCGCCGCCGCCCACCUCGCCGAUGCUGUCCGCGUCGCACACGCACCCGCAGCUUCAUCAUCACCACCCGCACCACCACCACCACCAUCACCAUCAUCCCCACAUGCUGCUGGGGCUGCGGGGCGAGAGCGGGCCGCGCCUGCUGCAAUCGUCCUCCCAGGUGUCGACGCCCUCCAUGAAGGCGAUGACGCCGGUCGCGAUGGAUGACAUCGUUGGGCAGCAGCAGCAGCACAACAGCAGCACCGAGUCGACCCAGGAUCAGCCCGACCGGGACGGCAGCAUAGGGGCGGCGGGUGGUCGCCUCUUGCUACAUCAAACUCCUCCCCAGCAGCAGCAGCAGCAACCGCAACCACCGGAGACGCCCCGUCGCCGACCGUCAAAGAUACCGCUGCCCGGGACGAAGGGUUCGGCCGCACCGAAACCCCCGACCGGGCGCAACUUUUCCGCCACACCUACCCCGACCACGCCGACCGCACCGGUCCAGCGUCCGCUCGGCGGUGGCUCGUCCGGACCGCCGUCGAACCGUAGCCUCACCAAGAGCACCGGCAGCCUGUACGUGAAGUCAACCGACACGGCCAGCUCGUUCGGCCAGCAGCAGCAGCAGCAGCAGCAUCAGCACCACCACCAUCACCAGCAGCAGCAACCGCCGCAACCGAUGGCCCGGACGCGCGACACGACCAGCACGAGCAGCGGCAGCCUGUACCGGGCCGACUCGGCGCUCAGCUGGCGCACCAGCAAGGACACGCCGUCGCUGGAGAAGUCGCGCUCCUCCUCGAUACCGGUGUCGGCCGCCGGCAGCAAGGGCAGCAGCAGCAGCAGCGGCUCAGCGCCACCGUCCUCGCCCGCCGCCAGCACGCGCACGUCGAUGGGGAUGCCGCCGCCGCCGCCGGUCCCGCCGUACGGGAUCGUGUGCUCCUCGCCGCAGCCGCGCGCCAAGCGCGACAAUCUCACCAGCAAGGUGAAGAACUGUGAUUCGCUGUCCCGGUUGCAGUCGGCCCAGGUGUCCACGUACGGGAUGCUCGCGACCGGCAGCAGCAGCAGCACCGGCGGGCAGCAGCUGAGCAAGUCCGGCUCCCGCAAGGAGCUUGGUGCCGCCAGCCCGGGCAGCGGGCCCCCCGAGCGCAAGGGAAGCACGGCGGGCGGUGGUGUCGGCGGUGGCAGCACCGUCCUGCGCCACGCCUCGACCGCCUCGAUCGGGUCGACCGGCCAGUCGGACGAUUCGGCCUCGGUAACGGCGUCCACCAGCACCACCACUACCACCACCACCAGCAGCAGCAACGUGAAGGCGCGAAGAAACAACACAUUCCGUUUGGUGAAACCGACACUAACGCCGCUAGCAGUACCGGAUCAUACAACCCCCGCCAUUAUCACCACCACCUCCACCACCACCAGCAGCAGCAGCAGCAGCAGUGUGGGUAUCCGUUCGCCUCCACCGCCCCUGCCGGGGAUUGCCCGCUCGCCGGACAUGUACGCGUCCUCGCUGCGGGCCAUCGGGCGGGUACGAUCGCGCACGGCCACCGGCAGCGCGACCACCGCCCCGAAGACACCGACCACGCCCACCGCCAACACACCCGUCGCCACGGUACGGGCCGCCUGCUCCACCUCGGCCCUGUCGGAGCCGCGCCGGGACCUGAUCGGCGAGUACCUGGCGGCCAAGAACCGCCAGUCGGCCAUACCGCCGCCCAUCUUCCACGUCCGCCCGCUCGUACUGCAGGGCGAGCAGCGGCCGCAGCAGCAGCAGCAGCAGCGCCAGAUCGACGAGCUGGCGUACAAGCAUCCCCUCCUGCUGAUGGACACCUCGGACGAGGAGGACGAGCAGGAGCAGAAUGCGGGACAGGAGUCGCUGAUAGUGCCAAGCCCGAAGCUGGUCGCGUUUCAGUCGCCCGGCAGACCGGGCGAGACGGGACCGGACGGUUGCCGGCUGGUGGGCAGGGUGAACCCGAACAUACUGAAAACCUGGGAGCAGCUGGUGGCGGGCGGCAUCGGUAGCAGUGCCGCCUGUGCGCACCAGCAGCAGCGGGAGGAAGCGUCACCACGGUGCCACCCACCCGCCCCACAGCACACCGGCGGCGGCGAGCAGUGUCUCGUGCUCAGCAGCGGCGGCUCGGACGAGGCGGCCAGCGAGCCGGACGAGCGCCAGAGCUGCCUGCUGUACUGUCCCCAGCGGCCACCGCACGGCGAGGAGGAGCUGGUCGAGUUUAAGGUGAACCGGUUGCGGCACGCCGGGCAGGAUGAUGGGACGGACGGUGGCCGCGGCGAGGGUGCGCCCCUGUCCGUGACGACCACCGCGACGACCGCCCGCAACUCGUCCGACGGUGGGGUCGACUUCUACGACAGCAUCGACGCGGUCAGCACGUGCGUCCGGCCGGGCACGAACACCGCCCCGCGGGACGAACCGCCGGUCGGCAGCUACGAGCAGGAGGAGGAGGAGGAGGAGGAGGCGACCGAUGCGGGCGAAGCGCUCGCCGAGCUAACCUCACUCGACCGCAAGCGGCUGCUCUGGUCGAUCGCGAUCGAGUAGAAAGGGUGCGGUUUGCGGAGCUUUCGGCGUCGCGUCGUGUAAAUCAGUAUUGUAUCUCUGUAUCUCCCUCCCCCUUCUCUCUCUGUUGUCGCUCGGGUUUGCGCAGAGAGCGCACAGGCACACAAACACAUGCUUUCCUAUGCUACUUAGUUUUCUAAGUUGAGCGGUUGGCGUGUGUUCCUAGUGGUUCCUGGGCUUUCGUGCUGCUUUGCGCACGAUCUAGUCAGCGCUGACACACACACGCGCGCGCGGAAAAAACAAACUCACUUACACCUUCACCGCGCUGUGUACACGAAACGAGGCAAAGCGGAGGACAUUGUGCCCCAAGCCGGAGAGCAGACGACGAACCCUUCAUACGCGUGGCAGCAAAACAAAGAAAAAACGGGGCCUCGCCUACCGACAGACAAUCAAUCAAAAAUACAUUCCACCAGGAACCAGAAGGUCGGGGGUCGGGGCGGUAAAAUGGGGCACUUUUCCGCUGGUCACUUUUGCUGUGUUGAUCGUUGAAUAAUUCAGAAAAGCGCGUGUGGUUUGCACUCUUUGGGUAUAGCAGCUUCUAAUUUCGAUUUAAAAAAAAAGCUAGCAAAAACACACACACACACAUGGUUGUCCUUCCACAGAAUAUGAUGGCGGUUUUUAAUACGCCUUCGAUGACGUCACAUUCCAAGGGACGCAAAGCUCGGCUCACUUCAUCUCACAAUAUGUGCAUCAGGGUUCGGUCUUGUUCUUUUUUUUUGCUAUCCUGAAAAAAUGGAGACAAUAUACACACCGUCAGCUACAACCCUAAGCAGCAGUUAACGGUCCCAAAUUUGGGGGAACACACACACACACACAAUACACAUAUAGGAAAAACGGAAAAUAGACAUAGAAAGCACACGCCAGGGUUAUGAUAUUAAAUUGGGUAGGACCUAUCCUACCGGCAAUCUAACGGGUAGAGUGAUAGGGAUAAAAGAGAGAGAGAGAGAGAAAAGAAAAAAGAGCAGAAAAUAGGAAGAAAAACGGUGGAAAUUGGAAACAAAUGGAAAAUGAAGUAUUAUGCUUAUGAGAUAUUUUCGUUCGGCUUGCACACUAGAGCAUCUGUUUGUUUUGUGCGUCCUUUUUGAUUUAGUUUGGCUUUUUUAGUCGUGUUCCUUUAAUUCUUCCCUCUUAUUGUUGCGUAUUAUAUUUUCUUCUUUUUACAUUUGCUUCUGCUUUGCUUAUGAUGUGUAUGUUUCCCUUCCCCCCUCCACUCAAUUCACUUUAUUUUCCAUCCUUUUUACAUCCUUCCAACAACAAAAAAAAAACACAGCGCCCUUUUGGCUGUUGUUAUUUUCGCUCUACAAGCCGCUCCGGCCAGGUAAACCGAGGAGGGAGAGCACCGACCGACAAACACGUGGCGUAUGAGAAGUUGGCCGUCCGGUGGGGAAGGUUUUGUUCGCUUUCCUCAUUUUACUUUUUUUUUACAAAAACACACACACACACAGCGCAAGACACAGUCGACUGCAUUCGCAAAUCACCAGCACGCCGGGUGGCAUCCGUUGGCCGACCGAGAGCGAGCGGCGAAUGACGCGCAGAAGCAAAAGGGGUGGUGCGGGUGGAGGUGGUGGGGCGAGUUGAAAACAAUUAUACAAAACAAAAAGCAAUGCAAAACAAAAAAAAAAAUACAAACACACACACAUACACGUUAAACAAAAUAUCAAAAUAAUAGGGAAUAUAAUGAGUGUAAGUAAAAACGUGUGAAAUGAAUUCAGAUAAAAACAACCAGAAAAGUAAAGUAAGCAAAUGAAGCCGAGAAGGAUGAGAAACCCGAGAGAAAGAAAGGGAACGGGGGAAAAAAAUGCACGUGAUAUUGAAAGCAAAAAUCGGUUACGAACGUAGGCGGGUCUAAACACGCGGGAUGAUUGAAAGGAUUACUUGUAUACACUUACACAAACACACAAACACACACACACAUGCAAGUGGUUUCCAUGAUGUAAAUAGAUUUAUCGCAAAAACAAAACAAAAAAAAAAAAACAAAAAAAAAACAGCAACGCCCUAACCUCUCUUCCUUAGCGCGGGCAAUCGGUGCGCGAAAUGGUGGGCAAACGAAAUGGCGGUGAAUGUGUAACCUAAACUAUAGCAAUCCCAGAUAUACGUGAUGCGCGAUUUCGUCCGAAUUCAAGCGGAAAUGAUUGAACACUAUACAUAUACAUAUACAUAAAGAUAGGCAAGCUCCUGGGAGUGUGCGUGUGCGUUAGGUGGAAGAAGUCAUGUUAAACGGCUGCGCAGGCGAGCGCGGUUCAAGUUUGUUUUGGUUUUUUUUUUUUUUUUAAUAUUAGUAGAACAUCAUCAACAACAACUCAUUAGCAGAGAACGAAUCACACGAAGACAUUAUUUAACCAAGCAGCUAGCGGAUCGAAGGCGUGUGUAAAUGCGGCAAGCACCACGUGGUUAGCAGGCGAUCGAAAUUGUUGCAAAACGAAAGGAGGGAGCAACUGAAAUUGAGGCUUGAGAGCGAGAGGAGAGCGAAAAGCAGAGGAGUAACUUGUAGUGCAACUACCCUUACUACCUACUACCUACUACUACUACACGUAAUACACUACCAACCCUACUACUAUCUACUACCGCGCUCCCACGGCUCGUCCUUCCCCCUCGUUCCCGGGUGGAUCCGCUACCCCCUUGGAAGCGACUCUCUAUAGACGGGAAAAUGUACGGCGUGCGGGAACGUUUAGCAGAAGUAAAACAUGAAAAUAAGAAAGUGUGAAGAAGGAGAGAAAGAGAGAGAGAGAGAGAUGAAAGAGGGGGUGUGGAAAUAAUAGGAAAGCGAAUUGAUGAUUAGUAACCAUGAUUAUUACGGAUUACGAUUAUUAUUACUACUAGUGAAACAACAACAUCAACAAAACACACACACACACCUAUACAUGGAAACACUCUGCUAUAGCGAUUAUUAUUAUUAAAAUUAUUAUUAUCAUGACUAUCCGUGUGUAAGGAGCGCUCUCCCGUCAAUGGGGUGGGUGGGUGGUGGGGAGGCAAAGCUCCUGUCAUCAUUAUUAUCAGUAUAUGAUAGUGGUGAUCAAUGAUGAUGACGACGAUGCUGGUUAUUAUUAUUAUAUUAUAAUUAUUACAAACCAACUACUUGCAACAACACAGCUCCACGGGAGAAGGCGAGGCGCGUGUGAAACAAUUUCAGCUACUGCAGAUAGAGAGACAGAGAGUGAAGUGAGUGUGUGUGCAUCGAGGAAAGGAGUAGGAAAAAAAUGCUAGUGGAAAGAUAAUGUGGGGGGAAUUGGGGUUUUUUUUUGCGGGGAGGGGGGGGAGGGAAACACGGAAGCACACAACAUACCUCAUUCAGGCGAGAAACCCGACACAGCCCCACGCGGACGAUGCGCGAUGGGAGAUAAAAGCGCGAACCGGCUGGUGGCUACCGGCACGGGGCGAGAAGUGAGAGGAGAAGGAGGUGUGCUGCUGCCGCCGGGUCCAUGUUGACAGAGAAAUCUAGUUAUAUAUUUGAAAAUUUCAAAUUACAGUUGUGUAUUUCAAAGAAUUAAAAAGCGACGAACCCGCAUUGAAAUGUGCGAAUGAAAAGAAUCGAAAUAAAAAGAUAAAAAAAAAAAAUAUAUCAAACACA